CGCCUACGUAUGUAUCAAAUGUCUCAAAAUAACCAAAAUAAGGCCCGGCACUCUCACCCAUAAAUAUCUCAGCCGGCUUUAUGUAAUUCACAUCAUGGAACAUUGAAUAUUUACCUUCUUUCCUCUACAAAUAAUAAAUAAAUAAUUAUCUAGUCAAUAAUUAUUUAUUUCUAUUACAUAUACACACACUUUAAUUAAACAAUUAAAUCAUAUCACAAUGGCGUACGUUCUCUCCAGUGUGCAAAAUACCACGACCGAACUCUGUUCCAGUCUUGUCCAUCAAAUCCAUCAUUUAAACGAUUACCAUUUCAAAUGUUGUCUCAUCAAGACGACGGCAACGGUUAUAGGGGGAAUUGGUGCCAUAACUUUGAUGGCGGCUCCUUUUACCAAGGGGGGAAUCUCCAUGUUGUCAUGUGUUGCUGUCGGCAGUGCUGGGACACUUUUAGGCGUUGGGAUCAACGUGGCGACGGAUUUCGUCAUAAGUAAACAAAGUUCCGUCUUCCUCUCGCAAGUCCAAGAGUACAGCAAGCUGUCGAAUACAUCAACCGGCGACACUACAGACUUGAAGCGAAUCAAAGCCUUGUCAUUUGCCGAUCCAACCCUACUUCUCCAAAUGGUAGGGAUUGGAGGCCCCUUAAAUGAAUUGCGGAUUCUAUCCCACGCCGCCAAACUUGUCCAAGUCCACGCCCUCAUGGUCAGAAUGUUCUUGCUGAAUAUGAAUCUCCUCAUAAAGGUGGCUUAUUACAAGACGGGGGGUCAAUUUUACAAAGUUUUAAACUCGGCAACGUCACAUACGGUGAAUGAGACGCUGAAAUGGGUCGCCGUGGGGGCAACAGUGGUCGUCGUCCUGGUUGAUUUCUCCCUCAUUUUAAACGAGUGGCAGAGUGAAAGCACGGCCGUGUCAUGUGGGGAGAAAAUUGUUGAGGAGAUCAAACAAGGGCCAGUUGGUCAGAUUGUGCAACAAGAGCAGCAGAUAAUCCAAGAUGCACAACCUGUCAAUGAGGGAGAAGACUGAGAAGAGUCAAACUAAUGAUUUUGUGGGAAGAAAAUGUCCAGUCCUUUGUAGUACUUUGAUUACCUGAUUUACCUGAAGUAGGAAAAUUGACUUGUACUUGAUGCGCAUAUUAUGUAAGUCUGAUGUUUCAAUAAAUUGUAUCUGAUGAAAA